UAAAAACGCGGUUCCGCACCCGGACACUUUGGGGAAAUUUUACGUUUCUUCCCUGCGGGUGGUGUGCGGAGCCUGAGAACAUCUUGACUUGGUCUAGAAAACCAACGCACCACCUUCAAGAAAGCAUUUUCUCAGGUUACCUCGUGGUUUCAGAUCAGCAACCACCAAAACAUCAAGCAGCUCUGCCUUACUCCACCUGCCUGCUAAAGCAACCAAGCCAACCUACAAACGCCUUCAAGAUGAUGCAGAUCAGCAGCGACUCAGCCUGCAGCAACAAGCACUCCCUCAUCAACGUCAUGCACCGCUUUAUAGCAGCAGCCAACAAUAUGGAUGAGACCAUCAUGGUGCCGAGCCUGCUGCGGGACGUGCCCCUGGAGGAGCAGAGCUCAAGAGAGGUGGAGACCAACAACAACAAUGAGCCGCCCUGCCCCAACAAGCAGAGGGACAUGUACGAGCACUACCUCCUCCUCAAGUCCAUAAAGAACGACAUGGAGUGGGGCCUGCUGAAGAAGGAGAUGAGCAGCGGGGCCAGCUUCUUGGAGAUGGCGGUUAAACAGGAGGAGCAGCAGCCGGUGACCGGGGAGCUUCCUGUUGAUGACAACUCCGACCUGGAGGAUCAGUUCCACUACCACCUCAGGGGACUGUUUGGAGUCCUGUCCAAACUCACAAUGCAGGCAGACCACCUCACCAACCGCUACAAGAGGGAAAUCGGAGGUGGAAACUUCAUGAGAUAGAAGUCAGACCAAAUUUUCGAAAAACCUGGACUUCUUGACUUGCAACAGCGGGAUGUUUGUCAUGAGAAGGGCCGCCAUCUCUCUCCCCCCGCCCCCCAAAAAAUCUCUGUGGACAGUGAACUGACCAGGGCAGCCACCUUGUGACUCCUCUCAAUCCUGUCUGAGUAGCAACACUCCACCUCCCUUUUCUCCCCCUCCAGCUCCACUGAAACGUAACUGAACACCGGUGACAUCAGCACAUGUCCCUGAGCCUGUAGGAAAAUUAAUCCAUAAUAUAACAAGGUGCUUUCAUUGUCAGUUCAAGGGUUGACGCGCUGUGCUUGUUUAACGAAUGUGUUUCUGUGCCCGAGUCCAGAUGAAUCACAACUGUGGUACAAAUGCAGACCCCCCACCCCACCCCACCCCCCCCAUCCCCUACCCCCCUCCUUGUCUGUCAUUUCAAAUUUGAUGAAAAUGAAUUUGUCAAACAGGUGUGUGUAUGGUUGUUGAAUGCGGAGGUUUCUGACUAGAGGAGAUUUUGGAAUGCUGGUUAUUCUGUCCCUCCUUAAAAAUAUAAAUGAAUAUUUAACGUUGGGCUUGAAGGGCCUUCAUCAUAAGAGGUUUUUAGACCAUCUUGCCACUUGGUAUUUCUGUAACAUGGCGUGCCUUGACUUUUUAUAUACCUUCAUGCCCUGUUCAGUCGCCCCCUUGUCCGUCACCAUUUCCUGAAUGCUUAAACGCUAUUCAAGGUGUUGUAAUGAACUGACUCGUUUGUUUGCCCUGAUAUUUCAAAAACAUUUUUAUAUUGAGCAGAAAUGCAGUACAACUGAUAAAUAAAGAAUAAGAAACUAA